AUGCAUGAGCCCCUUCGACGGUUGCUUCAGCCUUCGGUAAAGUUUACUUGGGGUGACGCUCAACAGAAGGCUUUCGAUUCAAUAAAGAGUGCUCUCAGUAAAACAAAAUGUUUGGGUCAUUUCAACGUAAGCGAUGCAACAUCAGUGAUUGCAGAUGCAAGCCCAUCUGCUUUGGGAGCCGUUCUAACACAAACAGAUAAAAAUGGCAACCACCGAGUGAUCAGCUAUGCAUCAAAAUCACUCACCGACACUGAAAAACGCUACUGCCAAACUGAACGGGAGGCACUUGCACUAGUCUGGAGUGUCGAAAAAUUUCAAAUGUAUCUACUAGGAAUGAGUUUUGAGCUUGUUACCGAUUGUAAGGCUCUAACUUAUUUAUUCACACCUCGUUCAAAACCCUGUGCAAGAAUAGAGCGCUGGAUCCUUAGGCUUCAAGCAUUUGACUACAAAAUAAAGCACAUAUCAGGCGAUAAGAAUGUGGCAGAUACACUUUCGAGACUUUCAACGAUGGAAGCUAAGCCGUUCGAUUGUUCUGAAGAAAUUUUUGUAAAUGAAGUCGCAAAAGCAGCAGCAAUACAGGCGGCUAUACCUUGGAGUGAUCUAGAGGAACGCACAUUGCAGGAUACAGAGAUAACAAAUGUAUUUAAAGCUCUUCAAGAAGACCGUUUAUUUGAGCUACCAACUUCUUACAGGGUGGUAGGUAGAGAACUGUGUAGAGCUGGUAAUAUCCUAUUGAGAGGCGAUAGAGUGAUCGUUCCAACUAGUCUGAGGCAGCAGGUGCUAACACUCGCACACGAAGGGCAUCCCUGUUCAAGGAUGAUGAAAAAUCAUUUGCGAGCCACAGUUUGGUGGCCUAAAAUGGACAAUGAGGUAGAUAGUUUUGUAAAACACUGCCGGGGUUGCCUUCUAGUGUCAGCACCUAAUCCACCAGAGCCAAUGAAACGUCAUGAAUUACCAAAUGCUCCGUGGGAAGACCUUGCUAUCGAUUUUUUGGGACCUUUACCCGAAGGUCAAUACCUUUUUGUUGUAGUCGAUUAUUAUUCAAGGUAUUACGAAAUCUAUGAAAUGGUAUCAAUCACUGCUGAAGACACCAUCAGAGAGUUGACAGUUAUUUUCAGUCGUUUCGGAAUUCCUCUUUCUUUGACCGCCGAUAAUGCUCCACAGCUCAGCGAGGAAUGUGAUGCAUUUGCUAAUUUCUGCCAUACUAACGGAAUUAAGCUCAUUAAUACGAUACCUUACUGGCCGCAAAUGAAUGGCGAGGUAGAAAGACAAAAUCGUACUAUUCUUAAACGUCUGCAAAUUGCCCAAGAGCUCGGUCAUAACUGGAAAGAUGAGCUUCAACGAUUCCUUUUAACAUAUAGAGCUUCGCCUCAUACAACGACUGGGAGAUCCCCUGCUGAACUUCUGUUUGGCAUAAAGAAAAGAACGAAAAUUCCUCAAUUAGCCAACGCCCGAAUGGUAGAGGACGAAGCAGUAAGGGAUCGGGAUCAUUUUCAAAAAGCUAAAGGGAAAGAGUACAGUGACGAAAAACGUUUGGCUCGAGAACGACCGAUUUCAGAGGGAGAUCGUGUUCUAUCAAAACGCAUGAGGAAAGACAACAAGCUCAGCUCAGAGUACACUAAUGAAGAAUUUAUCAUUAAGAGGAAAUUUGGAUCUGAUGUUAUUGUUGAAUCUGUAGAAACAGGUAAGCAAUAUCGAAGAAAUGUUGCUCAUCUGAAGAAAAUUCCAAACGAUGCAGGUUCUAUAGAAAACGUACCUGACUUGCAGUCUACAAUAGAUCCAGACACAGCAGAUAGUGAAAUGGCACCCGAAAAUACAAAUCAUCAAUCGGAAGAUGGCGAAUAA